CUUGAGUGUAUUUUGUUCAGCCAAUUCGUCAGCAGCUUAGAACUGCUUGUCACGAAGUGGUUGUCACGAAUAUCAAAAUACACGAUCACAGCUGAACGCAAAUCUAACAUUUUUCAAAUUUGAACAAGUGAAAGAGGAAUUUGUUUACAACUUACAUCCAUUGACUAAAUGCAGAGAUGAGUUUCAGCAGCUCUUCUGGAAGUGCGGUGCCCGGAAUUACUCUGAAGAAGUUUGAAUCUCAAAAUGAAGUGGAUGAGAAGAAGCAGAAAAGGCAAGAAGAAUGGGAGAAAGUAAGAAAACCGGAUGAUCCAGAAGAAUGUCCUGAAGCACCAGUAGACAAUAGAUGUUUAUAUGACAAGUUACAGGAACAGAAAUUGAAGAAAGAUGAAGAAUUUGAGGAAAAAAUUGCCUUUAGAAAUCAAGUGGCACGUUUAGAUGCUGAUGAAACAGAAUUUCUGGACUUUUGUACAGAAAGACAACAAGAAAUAAUACAGGAGCGUAAACAAGAGGAAGAAAAUAUCAUUUCAGAGAUGAAAGAUGCUAAAGUGAUAAAGAUGACAGAAAAUAAAGCAGACGAUAAGAAAUCACGACCUAUAGUACAGCAGCAAAGUAAAAAAUCUCAAAUGUCCCUCCUUGCUGGAGCAGUCAAACGAAGAGGGUCAGAAGAAACUUCUGUCAGUAAAAAGACAAAGACAGAAAGUGCUGAUGAUGCUAUACAAGAGAAGUCACAGAAAACUGAAGAAAAGAGAACUUCCAGCAGCAAUUCUUCACAGUUAGCACGAGUUAUAGGUGUUCUACCACGUGCAUUACCUGGACUUACAGACUAUGAUGACUCUAGUGACUCUAUAUCUAGUAGCAGUGAUUCUGAGCCAGAUUUUUCCUUGUCUAGCAGAAAUAAUGUUAUCUUGAUAGCUAAACAACAUAUUCAACAACAGCAACAGUGAAUUAUCUAGUAUUUAAGAUUUUGGUGGUAUACUUGCUUUACGAAUAAUACUUAAAUGUACAGUGAAUAAGACAAAUUUUUAUAUACAAAACUGUAUGUAAAAUACUGUGUUACGUUACACUAAGGUUAGGUAACUUAGGUUAUGGGUAACAAUGAAACUAUCAUGUGACCAUAAUAAUAGAAAAAUAUGGAAAACCAUUUACUCAUACAUAGCUGAAAAAAAACAAAAGGAAUUGCUAAUCCGUUAUGUUAUUUUAUGAACUAAGAAAUUAGUUUUGUUUAGAAGAUUUACUCUCGUGCAUUGUCCAUUACUAUCAGAUUAACUUUAUGAUAAAUUAUUAGAAGUGAACAACUUUCAACCAAUAGUUUUGUGUUUAAAAAAGGAACAAGAAUACACAUUAUUGAGUUUCAAUAUUGAUUAGAAAUGUGCAUUUGUAAAUGAAUUUCGUAAUAUAUACAAAACUCCACAUGCGUUUUAGAGAAAUUUUGAAGAAGAAAUAAAGCAUUUACAUGUAGUAUUUUUGUUGUUGCGAUAUUCAUAUAUAUCGCACAUAAUAAAAAUAUCAGUAUUUUUGUAAAUGAAAUAGUUAUAUAAUUAAAGAUGCAUGUUAAAUCUAGUUGAUGCUGUUGUAAGUUUUAACUGUGUUGCAAUUUACAAGUUAAAAUUCUUACUUAUUCCUUAACUUUGAAUAAAUUGACUGAAAACCAA